UAUAUCAGGAUUUUAUUGAGGUUACUCUCCUGGAACUUAGAUGCAGAAGUAUGCAUCUAAAAUGAACACUUUUCCUGAAAGAGAAAUUUUGAAGUCUCUCAUGAGAACUUACUUAAAAAUCCAAAUCUUUAAUCGGAAUCAUAUAUAAAGAAGUGAAUCAGAAUGUAUGUUAAUUCUAGAAGAGUUAGAAAAUGUCAGUUUGUGCAACUCUUUGCCACUUGUUUUGUUCUGUGCCUCAUGUUUUUUUGGGAAGAAAUUGAUAACAAUAGAAUUGUGCUCCAUGUGAAAUCUUACUCGUACAGAUACCUCAUAAAUAGCUAUGCUUUUGUGAAUGAAAGCCUAUCUGUUAGCAGAGACAGUGCAGCGAGCCAUCGAUACUUGAUCAAUCACAAGGAGAAAUGUCAAGGGCAAGAUGUUCUCCUCGUGCUUUUUGUAAAGACUUCACCUGAAAACCAUCACAGGAGAGAGGCAAUUCGACAAACAUGGGGUAAUGAAAAGUACGUCCAUUACUAUCUUAAUGCCAACAUAAAGGCCUUAUUUGUUUUAGGACAACCAAGAAAUUUUGCACAGAGAAGUCAAAUGCAAAUGAGGCUGGAAAUGGAAGACAGGAUGCAUGGCGAUCUGAUUCAACAAGACUUCGUGGAUACUUUCUACAACCUUACCCACAAAUUACUGUUGCAGUUCAGCUGGGUGAACAAGUUCUGCCCCCAUGCCAAGUUUGUUAUGUCAGCCGAUGAUGACAUAUUUAUCCACAUGCCAAAUCUUAUUGCAUACCUCCGAAAUCUAGCACAAAUUGGGGCUCAGGAUGUUUGGAUUGGGCGUGUCCAUCGUGGAGCACCUCCCGUGAGGGAUAAAAAAAGCAAAUAUUACGUUCCCUAUGAAAUGUACCCAUGGCCUGCUUAUCCUGACUACACAGCUGGAGCUGCAUAUGUUAUAUCAAGCGAUGUAGCAGCUAAAGUAUACCUGGCCUCACAGACUCUUAAUUCAAGUCUUUAUAUAGACGAUGUUUUCAUGGGGCUCUGCGCCAACAAAAUGGGAAUUGUACCACAGAAUCACCUCUUCUUUUCUGGGGAAGGUAAGGCUCCAUAUCAUCCUUGCAUUUACAACAAAAUGAUGACUUCUCAUGGACAUGUAGAAGACCUUCACUAUCUUUGGAAACAGGCUACAGAUCUAAAGGUGAUAAAUGUUUCUUCUGGAGCUUGGGGUGGGAUAUAUUGUAGAAUGGUUAAUAUUAUGCUUCUCUGCAGAUUUUAUUACCAAGAUACAUAUUCCUGUUUAGCUGCAUUUUCCUAAUACUUGAAUGUCAAAAUAGAUUUACUGAGCCAAAAAUCAAUGAGAAGGUCAGUUGUUUUCUCCACCACAAAUUCAAAUGAACACAGAAUGAAUGAAUUAAAUAAAAGCUUGCCUACUGAUUGUACAGUUGUUUCUCCAAAGAUUAAUUAUAAUUAUAAAAACCAUUUCCCAUUAUAAUAAAGUUUCCCACCAGAUGAUUUUAAGAAUUGGAUAGUUCUUAAAGAAAAUUAAAAUGCACACUUCUCAAUCUGUAACUAUACAAUUACCAAAUGGAAAUGAAUUCUGUCAAACAGGUUAGUUGAAGAAAAAUACAUUUUCUGAUGUAAUAUUUGUAGGUUACAUGGAGAAAGUUAGAUCAAAGUACUUGCUGUGACAGUAUACUAACAAAAUAACAUUUUCUUUCCACACACGAAUGGAAUACUAUCACUUCUAAGCACACAAUUACAUUUUGAUCUAAUGUUUUUAGAACUGAAUUGUUGUAUGUGUUUCAUUAUAUGAUCACUCAAGAUUGAGAAACCUUGAUCCUAUGCAAAUGGUGCUGCUGUUGACAUUAAACAAGGUGAAUUCUGCAGAGCUGUUGUCUCAAUAACAAAAGUUCUUGAGAAUAAAGUGCUUCAUCUUUUCUGCAACAUUUCAUAGAUCUAACUUGCACACUAAAACAUAAACGUCAUAAAAUUGUGAUGGCCACGCCCUAAUACUCCAAUCUAUCUUUGAACAAAGGCCACAUUUUAAUUGUUCAGUUGAUGCU